GUGAGCUUCAGAAUAUUCCCACCAUCUUCUUCUUCUUAUUUUAAAUGUCACUCCACAAGAUUGCAAGAAUUUCUCCUCAAACUAGCGCUCUAUUUGUAUGUGACAUUCAAGAGCGUUUUAAGGGUGUAAUUUGGCAGUUUCCCAGUGUCAUUACUGUCGCUGCCAAGAUGAUCAAGACCUCCAAGGUUCUUGAUAUUCCAGUAGUUGUUACUGAGCAGUACCCCAAAGCAUUUGGCCCUACCGUGCAGGAACUUGAUAUAUCUGAUGCUGCUCUUACACUUCACAAGACCAAAUUUAGUAUGUACCUUCCUGAAGUUAUCGAGCUUAUGAAGCAAAAGCAGACCAAGUCAGUUAUCUUAGUCGGAAUCGAGAGUCAUGUCUGUGUACUCCAGACUGCCUUAGAUUUACUUGAAAACAACUACGAUGUACAUGUGCUGGCAGAUGGUAUUUCUUCACAGAACCCCCCGGAGAUCAACAUUGCAAUUGGACGUAUGAAGGCUGCUGGUGCAACCAUCACAACCUCGGAGUCUGUCAUGUUCCAACUUGUCCAAGAUGCUAAACAUGAAAAGUUCAAGGCCAUCAGUGGUCUCGUGAAAGAGUAUAUGGAAGCCAACAAGCUCAACAAACUUGUCCAAAGAGCUUCUGGUGGUGCAAACCUCUAAUUAUAAUGUUACAUUUAUUCUUCCUUUUCUUUGUAACAUAUAAGCUAACAUAUCUAUUGAUCUGUAUAAGUAAUGAAGUGAUCAGGGUGUCUAUUAAAUUAUUAUUAUUAUAUAUAUAUUUGAUAAUAAGAUGAUUAUUGACACAACUUAAUAGUACACACACACACACGCAAAUAAGUUGAUAAUUUUUGUACUCUAUUAAGAAUGUAAGCAAUUCUUCUUU